CUCCACCAAAUCUUUCUUGUAAAAAUCUCUUCCACAGCAUUGAUUUCAGGCAAAAUCUUCUUCAGGAAUCGUAUAUCAGCCAUAUUUCCAGUUGGGUUUCUUGGGUUUCUAAGCUUUGUUUGAGUGGGCAAUGGAGAAAGAAAUCAGCGAGCGCAUAGCCACUCUUACACGCCGCCUUCAAAAGCUGCAUUUUUUGUACAGCGCAGCCGAAAAUGAUGUUGAAAGUGAGGAGGAGAAGAAGGGGGGCGUUGGAGUUAUCACAUUGGGUGGAAAUAACGAGGGAGCCACCAUGAAUGUUCAGGGAAGCUUAAAAAAUGAUGGUGAAGAUAAAUCCAUGGCGGAAACACAAGAUGAGAGCGCGGAACAUUUGGUGAACAGCAAUGUGCAGAGUGUGAACAAUUCCAUUAUGUUUGAGAGCUCGAGUGAGCACAGGGACCCUGGUGUGCACUUGAAAGAACAGAAUUUUUCAGAAGGUGGGGAUAUGAACAGAAAUAAAAGGAAGGCCCACAGGAGGAGAAGUCGAGUUGUGGGUUUUGCUAAGGAGGAGUGGGAGAUACCCAGUUCGAAGCCUGUGCUUAAUUUCUUGUCUGGUUCGAGUGAUGAGGAUUGAUUGGAAGACAGUUUUUUUUUUUUUUUUUCACUCUCUGGCGUUUUGGAAAGUUUGAUUUAUACAAUUUGUUGUUUUUACUCCCAGAGACAAUGCUCCUGGGAGUCUUCUGUAUGUAUGUCGAAUCACAUUCUUUGAAAUUGUUGGAAAUACUGAAUAAAUGGUUUGUAUUCUCGGAA